CCAUGCGAGGAUGAUCACGCAGCUGCUGGAAAAGAAGGAACACAUUUUACUGCCCUCACGGAAAGCCACACUGCGGAAAAAGAAACGUUUACGUGUCUUUGUGCCUUUUCAAGACCAAUCUGACCUGAGAAGCACACGCACGUCUUAAAUGAAUAACACGACGCUCAUGUUUGUAUUACUGUCAGCUAUUGUGUUGACGCAAACACUGGACGCAUAUCUAAUGGAAACAACGGACGACGAAAGGGAUUAUGACGACCUGCCACUGUUUUUAACACCACUCAUCCAAGAAAAUCGGCUAGAAGAAGCUCGAAUGGAGAGUCGUGUGGGCAGGCUCACCGAGUCAUUCGGAGUGACACAUGCCUACUCGGGGUACAUAACUGUGGAUCAGCUGAAAGGAAGCAAUCUUUUCUUCUUCUUGGUGAAGUCAAAGAACGCAAAGCCAAACAGCCCAUUAAUACUGUGGCUGCAGGGUGGACCAGGACAGUCUUCACUUUUGACCGCGCUUCUGGAGAACGGCCCGAUAGGCGUCGAUAAACACGGAGCGCUAUACAAACGUGCCGUAAAUCUGCAAGAUGACUACGAUGUUCUCUACUUGGAUGAACCUGUUGGAGCAGGAUACAGUUUCACAAUGAAUCUGACCCACGGUUUCCCUAGGAGCCUCGAAGACAUGGCAGUUGCAAUGGAAGAUUUCUUGCGUCAAUUCCUGUGUUUGUUCGCUGAAUAUAACGAAAGAGACUUCUACGUGUCUGGAGAAUCUUACGGUGUAAGACCUGCUGCAGCUCUCGCAGUGCGCAUUCACCGCUUGGCACAGGAAGGGAACCCAUUGAGCCUCAACCUCAACGGAGUCAUGCUCGGUGUCGGUUUCUUCCGAGAAAUACAACAGCAGAAAGAUGUUUCGGAGUAUUAUCUUCAACUUGGACUCAUCGACCUACGGGAUUACGUUGAGCUCAAACGACGUAUUCAAGAGCUAAACCGGCGGAUGCAAAAUAAUACGAUGUCACCGUCAACAGCGGUUCUUUACUUCGACACAUUUCGAUCGACGAGCGAUUUCGCGAAUCCCUCGUUCUUCAACAAAAUCACGUCUUUCACUUACGAUUCAAACGCCCUUCAAGCAACGCCACCGCCAGAAUUCGCCCAAUUCAACAGCCUUAUGAACAGUGACUGGUUCAAGAAGUCGGUUCACGUCGGGACCGCUGCAGGAUUUCGCCAGAGUGACGUGCUCAUCUUGCAGAACUUGGCGUCGGACCUUUUCCGGAAUAUUUCCAAUGAGCUCGAGUUCCUUUUGAGGAUACGCUGCAGGGUUGUAGUGUACGCUGGACAGGUUGACAUGACAUUUCCGAUUGUGAAGACUCAAGAGUUUUUGCUGAAGCUGCGAUGGCCGGAAGCUGAGAAGUUUCACAGCGCUGCACGGCAGCCGUGGUGGGGCGACGCUGUAGACGAGGAUUUUGCGGGAUACGUUACUGACGGCGGGCAUUUACGUUUUGUCACGUUAAGAUUUACUGGACACUAUCCGUUCUUCGACCAGCCCAGGGAUGCUCACGAGAUAAUACGUGCAUUUGUAGAAAACCGGUCGCUGUUGACCAAAGUCAUAGACGCUAACACAGGCAGGUAUACUUUACCACACCAAAGUACUGGUGUCAAAGUUUCAGACUUUCGUUCCAGAAACUCGCGCUAUAGAAGCGGUUUUGAGCAUCAAUCGCCCAGUUCCAGUGGAUUUGAUUUGUAGAGACUUGGCCCCAAAGUCGCGCGCAUCUUGGGACGAAUGCCUUAUUUUGAGUUUUACAGUUCACAAUUUGCCAACAAUAAAAUGCGAGGUAAUAAAAGAGAACGGCACAGA